UCCGGGGAAUCCGGGGUCAUACUUAUGCGGAAACGCAACCUGCCCAGAGAGAGGAGCGGAGAGAAAGACUGGCGGUGGUGGCUCAACUUUUUCGACGGUUUCUCUAGAUUUCUACACGCAAAACCAUGGUCGAGAGGAACAAGAAAGCGUUACUAGACCUUCUGAACAAGGAGGGGAACAAUGAAUGUGCAGACUGCGGAUGUGGAGAUCCAGACUGGGCCUCUGCGAACAUCGGAAUCUUCAUCUGUAUUGACUGUGCAGGGAUCCACCGUAUGCUGGGGGCUCACAUCAGCAAGGUCAAGUCUCUCAGGUUAGACAGCUGGACAGAUGACCAGGUCGAGUUCAUGGCAUCUACUGGUAACUUGGCAGCGAAAGCAAAAUACGAGAUCCACGUGCCUCCAUUCUACCACAGGCCCAUGGCAAUGGAUCCUCAAGUGUUACGUGAACAGUGGAUCCGUGCUAAGUAUGAGCGGAUGGAGUUCCAGUACCUGGAGCGUCAGACGUACCUGUCUGGGUACAAGGAGGGUUUCCUGUGGAAACGUGGGAAGGAGAACAGCACCUUCCAACAGAGGAGGUUCAUUCUGGCUGAGGAGGACGACAUCCUCAAGUACUACCAGAAGGCUGAUGCAAAGGAACCCAAGGCAGCGAUCAAGAUCAGCGAAUUGAAUGCUAACUUCACUCCAGAGAAGAUUGGGAACCCCAAUGGCCUGCAGAUCUCCUGGGUAAAGGAUGGCAGCACCAGGAAUAUCUAUGUCUACACAGAGGAUGGGAAGGACAUAGUAGACUGGUACACAGCUGUCAGAGCAGCCAAGUAUAACAUGCUGAAGGUGGCAUAUCCAGGUGGUAAUGAUGCAGAUCUCGUGACAAGACUUACAAGAGCCUUUGUCAAAGAAGGCUGGCUGUAUAAGACUGGACCAAGGCAUAAUGAGCCCUACAAGAGAAGAUGGUUCACUCUGGAUGACAGGAGGCUGAUGUACUUUGAAGACCCUCUGGAUGCCUACCCAAAAGGGGAGAUCUUCCUGGGACACAAAAGCGAUGGAUACAAGGCGCUGGAAGGCGUCCCUCCGGGGAAACAGGACGUCGGAAACAGCUUCACAAUCAGGACGCCCGGACGGGACUAUCUUCUCGGCGCGGAAACGGAAGAGGAGCGUCUAGAAUGGAUGGACGUGCUCCGGAAGGUGUUCGAUCGUCCAAUCUCGCCUCAAGACAGUACUGCUGCGGCCAACCUGGUCCACAAGCGCGGCAACGCACCUGUUCUUAACUCUAUCCUGGGGAAAUAAGUUUCAGGGCAAAUUGCAUCCAAGCCAAGAAAAAAAAGCAGCUUCCACCUGUUCAAGUCUUAGGGCCAGUCGGUUUUAAGAGAAGCACGUCCUCCAAGAAGAGAUGUGCUGUCCAAGCAGGCUGAAGAGAUAUCUUCAGUCCUCAAGUGUGAACGAAAGAGUCUUCUUGUAGAAUAUCUAAAACCAAGUGCUGAGAGCUGCUUCCAAUCAUGGUCAAGGAAAAAUUCUUGAAUCUUGUGUCCAUCUUUCUAAAAAAAAUUGAGUCAGAUUUUUAAUUAUCAAAGGGCUAGACAGUUAUGGGAUAGACAGUUUUGACCCCAGUGGACUUUUGGAGCUUAGACUAGCCCCAAAAGGUUGGUGCCAUCUUUUCUUCUG